UCGAUUAUACUAUUACUUGUCUACAUCGCAACAUAAAUGCAAAACUUAACUUGAACACGUUUAUGGAUUUGCGUUUGAAGUGACUUAGGAAACACAGAUGUCUGUGUAGUGCAAUAAUAAUUAUCAUAAUUUAUGAUGGUAGAUGAAUCAACGAAGAAGACAUUAAGUAACAUUCCAUUGUUACAAACAAAAGCGGGCCCUAGGGAUAAAGAAUUAUGGGUACUAAGAUUAAAAGAAGAAUAUCAAGCAUUAAUUAAAUAUGUGAAAAAUAAUAAAGAAUCUGACAAUGAUUGGUUUCGUUUAGAAUCGAAUAAAGAGGGAACAAAGUGGUUUGGUAAAUGCUGGUACAUACACAAUUUCUUAAAAUAUGAAUUUGAAAUUGAAUUUGAUAUACCUGUUACAUAUCCUACAACAGCACCUGAAAUUGCUUUACCAGAACUCGAUGGUAAAACAGCAAAAAUGUACAGAGGUGGAAAGAUUUGUCUUACAGACCACUUUAAACCUUUAUGGGCACGUAAUGUACCAAAAUUUGGAAUUGCACAUACUAUGGCACUUGGACUUGGGCCAUGGUUAGCAGUUGAAAUUCCAGAUCUCAUAGAAAAAGGUAGUAUAAUUCAUAAAGAUAGAAUUAAUGAACAUAAAUCACAAACAUAAAAAGGACAAAAAGAUAUAAAGGAAUGUAUUAUAUGAUACAAAUGAAAAUAUGUUCUUUAAUUGUUAAUUGAGAUGAAUUACUUAUUAACCU